AUGGGAAUCUGUUCUUCUUAAUCUGGCUCUAAUUCAAAAAUUCCAAGAUAAAAACAAUAGUUAAAAAUCAUACUUCCUAAUAAAUCUAUUGAGGAACCAAAGCCUGAUAUAUAAGUUUAAAAUUAAUUGAAUAGAGAAGCUUCUGCUUAAAAUACUCCUCCUAAUCAAAAUAGUCAAUACAGUAUUCAUUCUCCUGUGAAUGGUGUUGAAGAUAAGAGAAAAUCAGUGUUAUCAUAUAACCUAUCUAAAUAAGGUGAAAAACCAUAAAAAUAAAUGAGUUCUAGAAAUAUUAGAUCUGGAUCACAGAGAUCUUUAAAUAUUCCUGGAUCUCCUUAAUCUGCAUAGAGAGGUUCAAUACAAGCAGGUGUUCAAUUUUUUAGUACAAAUGCAUCAAAAAAAUAUUCAUUCUUAUAUAACAAGGAGUGUUAGAGAAAUGUAAAGAGUAAAAUUAUGAUAUUUUAGCCUGAUUUGUCAUUUAUAUAAGGAAAUAAAAAUGGUAUGAAAGCUCGAUUAGAAUUGAUAUCAAAAGAAGAAUAAGAUAGUAUUAAAUAUAUUUAUUGGUUAAAAUCUAAUCAAUUAGUAAGAAUUAUAUUUAUUAUUAUGAUUAUAGGAUCAUUAACAUAUACUAAAGAAUUUAGAAGUUCAUUAAGAUAAUAAUGCAUAUUAAUUAGUCUUAGAAUAUUUUGAUGGUUGGAAAUUAUCUCGAUUAUUGAACUCAGAAGAUCUUACUGAAAUAGUUUUAGCAAAUAUUGCUGAAUAAAUGUUUUAAGUACUUAGUUAUCUUAAAAAUUUAUAAUUAAAUCAUGGUAAUUUAACAAUUAACAGUUGGGAAUACUAUUUUAAAUCUGGUUAAGUAUAUAUUAAACUUGUUGAUGUUAAACCAAUUUCAACAAAAAAAAUAGAAGAUAUAGAUAUAAUCUAUUAUACACCACCAGAAUUUUUAUAUCAUGAAGAAUUUAAACCAGAAAGAGAUUUCUGGGCAGUGAUGCUUAUACUAUAUACAUUAGGUAAGGGUAGUCUUCCAUAUAAAUUUCCUCCAAAAUAUAUAAAUGAUGUUCCUUCUGCAAAAUAAUUAAUAUUACAUACUAUUUUUGAUGUAGAAUCAGAUAUUAAAAAGUUUUCAAAGGAUUUUUAGAUUUUAUUGUAAUCUGUAAUUGGAGAAAAGAAUUCAAAAAAAAGAAAAACAUUAGAAGAAUUAUAAGUUAGCAAAUGGAUAGUUGAUCAAAAAUAUACAGAAAUACCUUUAUAAGAAAGAUUGUUAAUGAAUAUGCUUAAUUAAAAGGAAAGUUGUAUAUUAUAGUAAGCCAUACUUGAAAUAAUGAUAUAAGAAUUUGAAUAAGAGACUGCUCUACAAUUAUAAAAAUUAUUCAGUGAAUUUGAUAGUGAUAUGGACACUAUAAUUAAAAAAGAUGAAUUAAUUAAGAUGUUUGAAAAAUAUACUAAAUUGAAGGAUUUAGAAAAUUUAAUAGAUUAAAUUUUUGCUAUUCAUUCAAUAAAAUAAGAGUAGAUGGCAUAAUUUACUUUUUUAUCGCUAGCUGCUCCUAGAGAUUAGUUGCUUACUAAAACUAAUCUUGAAACUAUGUUUUAUCUUCUUAGUAACAAUAAAUCAGAAAUUCGAGCUAAUAAUGUUACAAAAUAUCUCAAUGUGAUUAAUGAAGAAUUGGAAGCCUAAUUUGAUGAAUUAGCACCAGAAAAAAAAGUAUAUAUGUAUUAUCUAUAAUAAUAGUUAAAUUUAGAUCAAUUCAUUAAAGUGAUGGAAUUAUUGAAAUGA